AGAGGCGGGGUCGAGUUGUUCAAUUCCUCCAUCAUUUUAUUUCCUGCAACAAAGUGACCUUCUUAACGUUAUUUUAACCUUUAAAUCACAUAGACGCGCAUAAUUUAUAGACAUAAUAAUAUUGAGCUUAACAAGUCGACACAUUUAUUUUAAGAAAUGGUUCACAGUUAACAGUAUCGCGUUACCGGGCUUGCAGAGAUCCCCUGCAUGUAAACAUGGGCACGUCAGCGCGCGAUUAACGUUUCCCGGUACUACCGUACUAAAGGAUGGGUCUUUAAACUCAGGUCUCUUCUCCAUCUGCCUGAGUGUCAGUCAUGGACAGCACUAAAGUCACUCUGACAGUCAGAGGGACCACAGCACUGGGCGAGGUGAUUGCAGUAGUCGGCAGUUGUGAAACCCUGGGCACCUGGUGUCAUCAAAAGGCCGCGACCCUGCAUCCAGCAGAGGAGGAUGGCACCUUGUGGAGAACAACUGUUGAGGUUCCUAGAGGGAGUGAAACCAAGUAUCGCUAUUUCAAGGGAUUCGUUUUGGAAUCCAAGAAUGCAGGUGGGCCAUGUCAAGUCAUAGUCAAUAGAUGGGAGACCCUUCAACUGCCACGCUCAUUGAGUCCCUCAGAACCUGAGCUUGUGAUUGACGAUGGUCAUUUUGGAGUCCAUAAUGGUGUUGAGUGUGUGGACUCUGGCUGGUUGACGUGCCAGACAGAAAUUCGUCUCAGGCUUCAUUACUCUGUGAAACCUCCAGUAUCUAUUACUAAGAAAAAGUUUAAGAAAUCACGCUUCAGAUUGAAGCUGAUGCUGGAAGGUGUCGAGGAGGAAGAAGAGGAAGAAGAGGAAAGCCCUUCAUCGUGGCAUAAGAUGACUACUACGCUGGAGAUCAGUAUGAUCAGUGACAGUGGAUAUAAGUCUCGUCAUUCCCAGCCAGAAUGUGGAUACGCCCUUGAACCCUGCCGGUGGACUGAAUACAGUAUUCACACCAUGGACCCCGACAACCUAGAGCUCACCUUUGAGUUCUUUGAGGAGGACCUGAGUGAGACCGUGGUUCAGGGUGAUGUCCAUCCAGGUCACGUGGGCACCGCAUGCCUCUUAUCGUCCUCUUUUGUGGAGAGUGGCAAAGAUCAGGGUGUGGUCACCCUACCCAUAAUGAGCCGGAAUGCCAGACAGACUAUUGGAAAAGUUAGAGUGGACUACUUGGUGACGCGUCCUAUCCAAGGCUUUCAGUGUGACAUGAGUCAGUCUUUCACCAAAUACUGGAAGAAAAGGAGCGCUCUGGAUGUUGGACACAGAGGAGCAGGAAGCACACAUGCUCCCAAGCAUCACAAGAUCAGGGAAAACACAAUUGCCUCAUUUCUAAGUGCAGCCAACCACGGAGCUGCUUAUGUAGAGUUUGAUGUACAUCUCUCUAAAGACUUAGUUCCAAUUGUAUACCAUGAUCUCACCUGCUGUAUUUCUAGUAAAAAGAAAAACGACAAGAACUCAAUGGUAUUGUUCGAAGUUCCUGUCAAAGAUCUUACGUUUGAUCAACUUCAGCUUUUAAAACUUUCCCACACAACCGCCAUGGAUGUGCACGACCACAAAGACUUGCAGGAUGAAGAGGAGUAUAUAGAUGAACACCAACCUUUCCCUUCCCUUUCACAGAUAUUCCAGGCUGUUCCAGAUCAUGUGGGAUUCAACAUCGAACUAAAGUGGAUUUGUCAGUUCAAGGAUGGCUCCUGGGAUGCUAAACUCUCCACCUACUUCAACAUGAAUCAGUUCCUGGACAUCAUCCUCACCUGCGUGCUGCAGAACGCCGGCAAGAGGAGAAUAGUCUUCUCAUGUUUUGAUCCUGAUGUCUGCACAAUGGUGAGGCAAAAACAGAACAAAUACCCCAUCCUGUUUCUGACCCAAGGAGUGACAGACCUCUACCCUGAACUCAUGGACAUCCGCUGUCAGAGCACUAAGAUCGCCAUGAGCUUUGCUCAGAGUGAGAACAUACUGGGAAUCAGCGCUCACACUGAUGAGCUCUUGCGAAAUAUGGAGUUCAUCAGAGAGGCUCAGUCUAAAGGACUGGUGGUCUUCUGCUGGGGCGACUACAACAACGACCAUGACAACAGGAUGAAGUUGAGGGAACACGGCAUUGAUGGCCUCAUAUAUGACAGAAUCUGCGACGACAAGCUGGAGCAGCCAAACAUCUUCAAUGUAGAAGAACAGGGAGGAACUCUAAAGGAGGUCAUUCAGACGUGCGCCUGCUCCACCUACAGCAUUCCCUGCUCCUCCUUUCCCUGCACAGGAAAAGCCCAGGAGGCCAACGGAGAGUCCGAUUCCGGCCUGAGUUCCUCCUGAGGCCCACACAGCCGGCCCACGUUCACUCUGUGUCUGUAAUCUCCGCUCAAUGCACCAGAACUAACGCACAAACACACUCCGUCAUUAAGCCAAACUUCAGCCUGAGAUGUUUUAGAGCGCAGUCAAGUGUAAAGAUUGAUAUCAGGGACAAUUACACAACGCUAGCUUCCACAAAGAAAUUAUAUUUGCUUCGUUUAGGCGAUUCGCUGUAUUUUUGGAUGCGCAAAAAUAUGUAUAUAAUGUGUAAUAUUUGUUUUACGAUUCUUAAUGUUCUUGGAAACGCCUUUUGAUUUUAUUUUUUUUUCCUUUUCUGAGUAUUUGCCAGCUUCUUUAUCUGCAGAAUGAGUACUGAACAUUAACACAGUGUAGUAUUUUAAUUUCAUGAACAAAAAAGAACAAGCUUAUACCGUACAAAUAUGACUGAAAAAUUCAAAUGAUUUAAAAUAGCUAUUGCAUUUCAGCAGCUAAAACUGAGGUCUGAAAAAUCUUAAAAUUAAGACUUUGUUGGGUUUUGUCUUGUAACCGACAUUCACGAACAUGUUAUUUCCCUGUGUAUUAAUAUCUUUUCACUAAUUUAUCCAGACGCAGAUGCUUUCUUAAAUGAAACACUGAUGGUUUAAGCAGAACAAAAUUUCAUGACAUGAGCUCUUUACUGUAAAUGGGUGUAUAUUUGAAUGAAUAUGCCUCUGUAAACCUGUGUAUGCUGCUGAGCGUCAGUGUGGUCUUGUCUAUAUUAGCAUGCAUUCUACUGCUUGCUUACUGCAGGGCAGUCAAAUCAUGCACAUGUGCUGUUCAAUGCCACACUGGACUCCAGGAGCUCGCUGUAUGAAUCCACACUCAUGUUGUGGAUGUCACCAUGCCAACAUGAACUAGAACAACGCUCUGAGAGCCAGAAUAAACAUUUUAAAUCAA